AUGUUUGUUUUUUGUUACUCUUUCUCCCCACCCCCUCCCCCGACAGUGGCUGUCAUUGGCAUACUUCGUUUUUCACAGCUGAAGUCGAAAAUGAAGAAACCAUGGUUGAAUAUCUUUGGGGCGUUAGCAUCAAGUGUAGUAGCUCUUGGAAUUACUUUCGUGGCCAAUUUCCAGAUUUCUCAAAAUGAAUGGGUACACAACACAGGCACAGUUUUGGUCUUCACUUUUGGGCUUGUAGUCUGCUGGAUCCAGGUUGUUUUAACUUUUCAGGCAAAUCUAAAGCAUGAAGGAGUUAAAGUUGGAAUAUUGCGUGCUAUGAUCGCAACGGCUAUCUCCAUAACCGUCAUCGUGUAUCUUUUUCUGGUCGCACAACAUAAAUAUUUCCAUGGAGCGAGAACCCAGUGGUUAUGGACAAUGCUUUUCCUCCUCUUUAUUGGGACAUUUGCAAUUGAAUUUCGAUAUUCUGAAUUUAACAUUCAAUGUAUUGAUGAAGAAAGUUUAUCAAAAGUCUCCACCAUCAUUGCUGAGUUCCAUUCAGAUGAUUUUACAGAAAAUUAG